AAUACUAUUAUUAGUGAUAUUAACAAAUUUUAAUACACUAAUCUGUUGAAAUAAAAUUAUGAAAUUAAACAAACCUAUAUAAUUUUUAUUAUGAUCCUAUAUAAUAUUACAUUUUCAUUUGUUUUUCAAGAUAAAGGUGAACUCCCUGAUUAUAUGAAAAAUGAUGAUAAUUCGAAUGCUAUUGUUCCGGUUCCGGUUAUUCCUCGGUCUCGUUCUUCAAGCUUCAGAAAUAAUUACCGUAAUCUCAUUUUAUUUUUUUUAUUUUUUUAAGUAUUAUUAUUAAUAAUUUAAAAAUCAUAUUAUUGAAAUAAGUUUUUCGUAAGAGUACUAGUACAUAGAAACUACAAAGGUGUCCGAGGUGGUAUGAUACUUGGAGACAACGGUUCUUCCUUAUUAUUAUUGUUACUAGAUUUUCCGCACCCAGCGUUGCUCGUGCCAUUUGAUUAUUAUAUUUUACCUAUAUUCAUUUUUGAAAUUUACCUGGGUAAGAAUUGAAUGAAAACAAAUCGGUGGAAAGUGGGUAGACUACCUUUGGCAGAAUAAAUGUGAUCAAUUGUGAAAUUUUCAUAGUGUAAAUAAUAGUAAUAACAAUAAUUAUAUUUGUUUUAUAUACCGUAACACUAUGUUAAUUCUAGAAUAAUAAAAAAUUAUAAAUGUACAAUCAGAUAUUCCUACCGAGUAUAUCCAAAAACCACUAAUAUACCCCUUUAGGAGUUGAAUUUUCAAAAAUCUCUUUCUUAGCGGAUUCCUACGUCCCAAUAGCUAUCUGUAGUUACCAAUAUAUAACUUCAAAAUACACUCAAAGUCUAGUUUUCUCAAACAAUUANUACAGCCUAUAGACCGGAUUACCUCCAAGAAGCGCCAUAUCCAGCCAAUGAAGAAUAUCCAUAUAAUCCUAGUAGUUCUAGUUAUUAUGACGAUCAACCUCCACCAAGAAUAAUAAGUAAAUCUGUUCGCUCUUAUAGAAGCAGAUACUGAUGAAAAAAUUAAUGUAAGUAAAUGCAUACAAACUUUAUAAUUAGAGAUCAAUCAUUUCUUAAAGUCUAAAAAUCAUAAUUUUUCUACUGGAAUCGCCGAUGUGUGUUAAUAAUUUACAAAAGCUCGACACCGUUUUUAAUCAUAUGGUAAUCGGUUAGAAGCUUUUAGAACGAUUUUUAUGAUAAAACGGUUUAUUUUAAUCGAUUUGGGUAGACUUAAGAGAUACCAUAUUUGAUUAUUGUGUACAAAGUACUUGAUUAUUUUUUGGCGAUCCCGAGUUUGAGGUCCUUUGGUCCAAAGGUAACCUCUAAAAUUUUAAAAUCUAGAUAAUGCUUCAUCCAUUCGAAACUCACUUGAAAAUUAAAAUACCUAUCGAAAAAGAAUCAACGUACAAUCAAUAUAGAUUAUUGUAUUACCUUUAGGUUUAAUAACAAACGUACAUAUAUAUAAUAACAGAAACAAUGCAGUACAAUAAUUAUAUUUUAAAAUCUCGAGUUACCUUGUAAUACUAAUAAUACAUUUUAAUGAACAAAUAUUGUAUAUUCUAAAAAUUGUAUUUUUUUAUUAUAACGAUAAAAUAAUAUGUGACACUUAAAAAGAUAAAUUAUAAUUAUUUUGUGGAUAAUUUUAGUUUUAUUUUUAGACCGUUGACCAUUGAAAUCGACAGAAAAUUUAAAAUGAGCUGAAAUAAUGCAAAUUAUUAUAUUUUUCAAUAGUUUAUAAAAUAUGCGGUUAUAGGUCAAACAUCUUUAAGUGAUAUGAAGACAUCUAUGUCACAGUUUAUUAUGUUUUAUUUUAAUAAAAACGAAUUAAUACAUAUGAUAAAUAUAUAAUUACAUAUUUCUCUGUUUUAUUAAAUUCUAAAAAAAAAAUUAUAAUAAUGUUAUUCAUAUAAUGUAUGUAAAUAUAUAAUCAAUAAUAAAAUGAUGCAUUGUAGUAAUA